GCAGAUGUGCAUGGUAGUCAAUCAACUUCUAACUUCAGCCAGGGGUGUCAAACUGGCAGAACUCCAGCUGUUGUGAAACUACAAGUCCCAUCAUGCCUCUGCCUUUGGGAGUCAUGCUUGUAACUGUCAGUCUUGCAAUGCCUCAUGGGACUUGUAGUUUGGCAACAGUUGGCGGGCCGCCAGUUUGACACCCCUGUUGCAAAACUACAAGUCCCAUCAUGCCUCUGCCUUUGGGAGUCAUGCUUGUAUCUGUCAGCCUUGCAAUGCCUCAUGGGAUUUGUAGUUUGGCAACAGCUGGAGGGCCGCCAGUUUGACACCCUUGACAUAAAG